CACAGUGUGGCUUCCUUGACUAUCCCAAAAAAUCCGAUGUUCAAUAAGUCAUAACGUAUGUUACACAGCAAGGAAUCAAACAUACUACUCAUGUCCCGUUUGGUUUUUCGAAAAGCGUCUCUAAACAGCGCCAGCAGUCGAGCCAGAGCCGUCCUCCGCCAUCCGUGUAAUAGCGCUCCAGAGAAUGGUUCGUUCCUUGCGCCGUCGCUAGCGAACACUCACCAUUCGCACAGCCUCCACGUAGUGAGCAAUUUUUGCACGAGUCUGGUCCGACGAGUCUUCUCGACGACGACAUCAUCAACGGACGAAGAUGUUACCGAUGAGAUAAUCUCGGACGAUGAAGAUUACUUCAUUGGGUCGAGCACAAAGCCGGAACCAUGGAAAACACUGCUUCAAAUUCCUGCCCGCGCUGCAUGGCGCGUGGCAUCGCCGCAUAGUGAUACACCUUUGGAUAAAGCUCGUCAGUCUGUUUUGGAUGAAGGUUCUCGAUCUAAUAAGCAAUUGCACAAGUCCUACUGCGAUAAAGUAGUAGACGUCCAUAGAGAGUUGUUGGGUCGCCGAGAACGAGAACGACUCCGCAUUCUACGAUCUCGAGAGUAUAAGCCGCGAGAAAUCAAGAAGGACGCGGCAAUUCAACCCGUCUUGUACGGCCCUGAUGAAACCUUGGCUGCUUUUAAAUUUCGUCUACUGUCGAACUAUGCGAUUGCGUUUCGCGUCUUGGAUGAGGCCAGUAGUCUGUUGGGGCCCAACAAAUGGAGACCGAAGAGAGUUAUCGAUUUCGGAAUUGGGUGUGGAAGUGCCGCGGCAGCAGCGAUGGAAGUUUGGGACGAUAUUGAAUGGGUCCACGGAAUCGACUCCUCGCAAGCAAUGCGAGAGGGCGCUCAGCUUUUCUUGGAAGAUUAUAUUAAACAUCAAGGAAGAGAGAACGGCCCAGUGCGCGUUACCUUGUCGGGGCAUCUUUCGGUGGAAGUGGCACCGCCAUCCUUUGAUCUCGCUCUAUUUUCCUAUACAGCCAUGGAACUAUCACAUAGCGCGGGGAUCCUGGCCGCAGCCGGGUCAUUGUGGGAAAAGCUUCUUCCUGGAGGUAUUUUAGUCAUGAUUGAACCGGGUACACCCGACGGAUUCAGUUCUGUUCGAAUAGUACGUAAUAUGUUGCUUGAAUGCUGUCCUCCUAAUCAAUCGCAAGCGGGUGGCGACGAAUGCCAUGUUAUUGCACCUUGUACACACAACGGGCCUUGUCCCAUGGAACGAUACCAGGAGCUUGUCGAUGAACGACGAACACAGCAAGAUGUUCCAGAGCCAUCCGUCGAUCCCGUUUCCCCAGGCCGCAAGGGUAAGGACAAAUCUGGCGAGCUUGAGGGACGCGAGGACGUUGAUGAAAACGACGGUAUUCGUACCGGAUUUUGCAGUUUUGUUCAAACAAUGCCUGGGGCGUCGUGGAAUAGCAAAGGUGAAAAGUUCUCGUACCUUGUGGCACAGAAGAGACUUACAGGAGAAUCUUUGGACGAGCCCCACCCUUUUGCUGACGACGACUUGCUCGCUUUGCUAGAGCGCACACACAGAUCGCCGAAUGACGUUCAAACUUUCCAGGCUGCCAUCGAUUUGGAAGAGAGAUACAUAGAUUCUGAGGACGACACUUUAGGACUCGAGCUCCUUCGAGGCGACAGAGCCCGGGCGUCGUUCGGAAGAAUCGUGAAUGCACCCAAAAAGAAGAAGGGCCACGUAUCGGCACAAAGUGCGCAAAAGCUUGUCAAAGAUCGUACCUGGUAUAUAUGCAGCGGCAAGAAAAAGUCGGUGGGGCGGAUUCUUUCCUGA